UUUUGGUAUUUAAAUUCAAGCGCCUGUUUGAUUGAGAAUUGCAACAUCAUGGCGUCUGGAUCUAGUGGUCCUCAAAAUGUGACAGAGGCACCGGAGGAAGAUGCCGCAGAAUUACAGUUUCCUAAGGAAUUUGAAAAUGCAGAGACUCUUUUGAUAUCAGAAGUACAGAUGCUGUUAGAACACAGAAAAACCCAGAACGAGAGCGCAGAGGAGGAACAGGAAUUGUCUGAGGUGUUCAUGAAAACCCUGAACUACACGAGUCGAUUCUCCAAAUUCAAGAACAGAGAGACCAUAUCAGCUAUUAGGAGUGUGUUGAUGCAGAAGAAGUUACACAAGUUUGAGUUGGCAGCCCUGGCCAAUCUCUGUCCAGACAACGCAGAGGAAGCCAAGUCAUUGAUCCCAAGUUUGGAGGGUCGAUUUGAGGAUGAAGAAUUACAGCAGCUACUGGAGGACAUCAAGACAAAGAGAAGCUUCCAGUACUGAGAUCCGCGGACCAAUCGAUCAAGACUGUCAGGGCCGAUACUCAAAAUGGACUCAUUUAUUACAGCAAGGCAGCUGAAAUCAUUAAUGGUUGUGUAUAUAGUAUCUGAAGAUGUCUUAAUGUUC